AUUUUGAAAAUCCAAUAUAUCAACUUUGUGUUUGUCGAUCAAUUAAUUUUCUAUUUAAUUUAACAUGAAUAUUAUCAGACAGUGGCCUAAUUGACGACCUAUCUAUAGCCUAAAAUGUUCACGAAGAAUUCAAAAGUAAAAUUUCAGGAGCAGGAUCAACAACUUGAUGAUUAUGUUCUCGAAAACGCGGUGCUCAAAAGUAAGCUACAAAGCAAAAUGGAAGCGUUGUCGAUCAUGAGCGCGGAGCUGGACCGGGUGAGCAUGCAGCGCGACCGCAGCCGCGAGCUGGUGGCGGCGCUGCGGGGCCGCGCGCCCCCCGCGCCCCGCGCCGCCCCCCGCGCCGAUCCGCACCGCAUCAUCCCCAACAACACGCUGCGCGGCGGCGACCUGCUAGCCAGCACCAGGGAACACAAUACUGCACUCAAGUUGGAGGUAGAAACACUGCGAGGCAGGCUGGAGGAGGCGACGGGGGACAUUGCGGCGCUCAGGAAGCAGCUGCAGCAGUUUGAGCACUGCUCGUGCGGCAACAACCCCGGCCAGCAGCCCUGCUCCAACAGUGACUAUGAAGACUUGGUUCAGCAACUGGAGAAAAUUAACAAAAAAUAUAAACAAAUGCAGCUUGACUACCGAGCCACACUGGACGAGAAGGAGGAGUUAAUCACUGACAGAGACUACUACAAGAGCAAGGUGCAGCGGCUGAACCACCAGAUCUCCGCUGUCUCCAACAAGAGCAAGGGCCAAGGGGACGAGGCCGCGGAGCCGGCCCCCGUCGUGGACGUGGACGGCCUACUCACCGAGAACAAGUACUUGCACGAGAGAAUCACACAGAUGCAGGUGGAGAAAGAGAUCUUGAAAAGGACAUUGACUAAAUAUAAGGCUCUACUGGAGAAUAGAAAUAAGGAUUCUGUGAACUUGAAGAAAGGCUUCCUUGACGUCAUGACACAGAAGCAAGUCAGAGAAUACCUAGACACAAACUCCAAAACCGGCUUAAAGCGGGCAUCCGUGUCCGAGCUGAAAUCCCUGAGCCUGGGGCUGCUGGAGGCUCUGAGCGACAAGUCCACCGCUCUGCAGCAUCAGCGCCGCACCAACCAGCUGCUGGCCGCGCGCCUGGCGCAGCUCGAGCGCACACAGGACCUGCCCACCGCCCAGUCCGACGAAGACGUCAGAACAGAAGAAGAAGAAGACUCCAAACACAUAAUCAAGACCAAGUACUCGGACAGUGAGUCGGAUGACGGCGGGCGGGGCAGCGAGGGGUCGGCGGAGGGGGGCGGGGGCUGGGAGAGACCGCUCGGCCGUAAGACCGUCCUGCCGCGUGAGCUCGAGCUCCUGGUCAAGGAGGCGCUGGCAGAGAUGCGGCCCAGCGGGUAGGGUGAGCCGGGCCAUUGCCGACACAACGCUGAGAGUAUGGGUAUGAUUUUGCAUAAAUAGUA